AUGCUUUCUGAGGUUAGUUGGGACACAGCAAAAAAUCAAUAUCCUACUUCUCCAAGAUCAAGCACUUCAGCGGUUUUCGCAGGUUCCUUCAACCCUCCACACCUUGGCCACUUUGAAAUCAUCCGGUACUUGUCCAGUACAUUUUCGGAAGUGCAUGUAGUCAUUGGCAUCAACCCUGCGAAGACGUACCCCGUCAGCCAGGGCCUCUAUCUCCAGUUGCAAGUCGUGAAGUGGAAAGACUUGAACUUGAUGGGUAUCGUGGCAUCCGUACUUGGCAAGAAGAUGGCAAGGCUGAAAGGUACUUGGAAGCAGCUUGAACUUCAAUUGGGUGACUUCAUCUCCAACCGCCAUCAUACGCACAUGAACUCCACCAUCUGGGUCACACUCAGCAACUUCGUGCAAUACCUUGGCAGAACUAACCAGUGCACCAUCGACAAGACUCCAAAAGGCUGGUACAUCCAGUUUGUGGACAAUUCACCAGAAGCUCGAAUACGAGCUGCGGCCGCAAAGGCCAAGGAAGAAGGUGAAGUCUCCGCAGAGCAAAGACACGACAUACAAUUGAAGAAGGCUAUAGCCGAAUGCAAGAAGGAAGGCGGCUUUCAGGAGUCGGAGUUUACUGAGCUCCAGCGCAAGGAAGGUGAUGCCCCAAUCUCUUUCAACAUGGCGGCUGGCGCAGCUUCUUCAUCCCUGGUUCCCGUCAAAGCUCCAACCAAGGAGGUGACGGAGGCUGAUGGCAAGAAGAAUGCGUUGGCACAGGCCUUUGAGAAACACGAGACUGGAAGAGAGGUGCAGGACACCAAGAAGCACAAGCUUAGUGCUGUGGAACGUAUACGAUUGGAACAUGAGGAGUCCAAGAGGCGGAAGGUUGAGCCUGCGCCGGCGUCUCCUUCUGAAAGUUCUUCUUCAGGAUCAGAGCCGUGGCUGACAGAAGGCAUCAUCGUGAAGGUGAUGCACCAAGACCUAGCUGGUGGAAAGUAUUACCGCAAGAAGGGCAAGGUGGAAAAAGUUCGGAAGCAGUUCACGGCAGAUAUCCGAAUGGUGGAGAGUAGGGAUCUUAUCCGCUUGGACCAGGAGAUGUUGGAGACUGUGAUACCAAACCUUGGCAAGCCGGUUUUGGUAGUCAAGGGCCAGUACAAGGGCAAGAAGGGCCAGAUGAGGACUGUGGACUUGGAGGGAUUCUGUGUGGCAGUGGAGCUGGAGGAUGGCCGCGAUGUGGAGGGUUUGAGAUACGACGAGGUCUGCAAGAUCGAGGAAGGCUGA